AUGGUUCCUGCAUUUGCUGGGACUUGCGUGAGGUGCGAGGAGAUUCAAAUAUCCGGAGGCUUGACGCGGCAGAAGAUGAAGUUCGAGCGGUUCCUGAAGAAGCGCAUGAACACCAAGCCCUCCAGGGGACCCAUCCACUACCGGUCGCCUGCCCGCAUCCUCUGGAGAACGACGCGGGGGAUGCUGCCGCACAAGACCGUGCGCGGUGAAGCCGCCCUGAGGCGCCUGAAGUGCUUUGAGGGGAUCCCGCCGCCUUACGACUGCCAGAAGCGCGUGGUGGUACCAAGGGCGCUGAAGGUCGCGCGGCUCAGGUUCCAGGCGAGAGUGUGCCACCUGGGGGAGCUCGCAACCUCGGUCGGCUGGAAGCACAAGGAUGCUGUUGGGUGUCUGGAGAAGGCAAGGAUUGCUGAGGCCAGGAUAUACUACGAAAAGAAGAAGAAGCUGCGCCAGUUGAGGCGCAAGGCCAUCGAGAAGCGCUCCCGGCCAACGACUCCGCCCGAAGAGGAGGCCCGUUCCGGAGGUGCCUGGCAAUUCGGCCAGCCGCCCCAGCUCCCAGUUUCGGCCAGCGACGCGGCGCGAGCCAGCGCUCACGGUGAAUACCUGCCGGUGACCGCCAUGUCGUGGCAGACCUACGUGGACGACCACCUUAUGGUGGAGCUGCCCGGCGGCAAGACCCUUGCCUCGGCGGCGAUCAUAGGGCUGGACGGCGGCGUGUGGGCCAAGUCGCCAGACUUCCCCGAGGUGUCGCCCGAGGAGGUCGAGGCCCUCAUCCAGGGCUUCUCGGACCCCUCCAGCCUGGAGGAGAAGGGCAUCGUGCUGCAGGGCACCAAGUACUUCACGAUCCAGGGCGAGCGAGGCGUGGUGAUCCGCGGCAAGAAGGGGGAGGCCGGUCUGACGAUCAAGAAGACCAAGCAGGCGAUGGUGGUGGGCGUCUACGCCACGGGCGUGCAGCCCGGGGAGUGCAACGUGGUGGUGGAGAACCUGGCGGACUACCUCAUCGAGCAGGACUACUGA